ACGGACCCGCCAAAUCUGAAAGGCGUGAUGGGAUUUAUUUACGUUUGAUCACAGGUGAAAUUGUUGGUUAUUUUCAAAUAUUGUGAAGGAUUUUAAUUACUUUUAUGUUGGAUUCAUUAAGUGUGUGUUGCCAAAAUGGCUCUUUGUAAACCUAAGAGUGGAUUAAAGCGUAAACCUUUUAUGAAAAGGAGAGAGGAGAACUUGAUUCGGACUUUAAAUUUUCAAGAUUCUGAUGACGGAAGUGGCCAUGAUGAAGAUUCCGUGUUAGGAUCUAGCCCUAUGUGUUCACCAGUGCGGAAACAUUUGUCAAAUAAUUAUGACGAUCAGUCACCAGAAUUUCUUGAACUUGAUAUUCCAGAAUGUGCUAUGAUUUCAAGCCCAAAGGCGUCUAGAAGAUUCACAAGGCGGAGGCGAUUUUCGCCGACCCCUUUUGGUUUGGACGAAGUUGAGGAGGAAGCACAACAAGUUCCUGGAUCGGAGGUUUUGAGUCCAGAUGGCGGAGAUAUGUCGCCACCACACAGAAAAUUACGUGCUCUAAGACUAUUUGACACACCGCAUACACCUAAGUCAUUGCUGGAGAAAGCAAGAAAACGAAGACCUACUGGUGAUAAACCAAGAAUUGCUGUAGAUAGACCUCAAGCUAAUGUAAACCCUUUUACCCCUAGUCCACAGGGUAACCAGAAUGAUUCUGGUUACUGUGGGAGUGGGAAGAGAAGUCGUACAGAGUUAGAAAGGAGUAUCCUUGAUGAAUCUAUGGAAGAUGAGGUGGAUGGUGAUAUGCCAGCAGCUAAAAAACUUGCAUUACACGAGAUCAACACAUCUCGAUACAAUGAAGAAUUCCAUGAAGUAUGUAAACUAGGUGAUGGAGCUUUUGGAAGUGUGUAUAAAUGUGUUCAUAGAUUAGAUGGAUGUACUUAUGCUAUUAAGAAGUCAAAAACUCCAGUAGCUGGAAGUGUAUAUGAACGUAAUGCCCUGAAUGAAGUAUAUGCCCACGCUGUGCUAGGGAAACACCCCCAUGUGGUACGAUACUAUUCUGCCUGGGCCGAGGAAGAUCACAUGUUUAUACAGAAUGAAUAUUGUAAUGGUGGUAGUUUAGCCGAGUAUGUAGAGGAACACAGACGGACAGGUGGACAUUUCUCGGAACCGGAACUUGUACAAAUUUUAUAUCAAGUGGCACAAGGUCUUCGUUAUAUACAUUCACAGAAUCUUGUACACUUGGAUAUAAAACCUGGUAACAUAUUCAUACAUCGGAAUCCGAAACUGUUACAAUCUCCAGAAAGUGGCCUCGAGUCAUGCGAGGAAGAGGAUGAAUUUGAGGAAGCUGUUAUAUAUAAAAUAGGUGAUCUUGGUUUAGUAACAUCAGUAACAAACCCGUGUGUAGAAGAUGGUGACUGUAGAUAUCUGGCCAGUGAAAUCCUCGCAGAAAACUACGAUCAUUUAACGAAAGCCGACAUUUUCUCACUUGGACUUACUAUGUUUGAACUGGGUGGAGGUGGUGAGUUACCUAAGAACGGAGAUGAGUGGCAUGCCAUAAGAAGAGGGGAGCUACCAGACCUACCCCACUACUCUCAACAACUUAAUGAAUUACUGAAGAGUAUGGUACAUGCUGACCCAAAACAACGUCCGACUUCCCAUGCUGUAUCGCAACAUCCUGCACUUUCCCUCCAGGGGAAAAAAUCGAGAGCUCAGUUGAAAAAAGAAUUGAAUGAAGAGAGAUUCAAGAACCAACUUCUAUCACAAAAACUUGUAGAAGCAACCAAAUGUUUGACCCAGAAUGUGCCAAGUUCUAAAUUUACAUUACCACGACUAACAGUAGGUAACCCACGGUUGCUAGGCAACAAGAUGAAGAGGAGUAUGAGUCUGUCAGCUUUCUGAGAACAUCCACAAAUAAAAUAUUUGAAUGAAUUAUAAAGACAACAGUAUUUUAUACAGCUAGUUAAUUUAAAUCUUGACAAAAGUGAUAGUUGAAUCAAAUAUAGGGCAUCAAAUGACUUUGCAAUCAAGUAUAAUAAAUUGAUUAUCUGUUUCUUUAAAAUCUUUAUAUGAAAUAUAUUUCUUUGGGAAUUGAACAAACUUUAAAGUGAUUAUAAAAAUAAUGAGUAUAAAAAAAAAUAGAAAAACAAUUCUAUUGUGUUGCAUCAUUAUUUUUGAAUAAAUCUAAAUCUGGCGGUUGGAUUUGUUUUUAAAUAUAUUUGAGUGUGUACUAUGGAAUUGACAAAAAAUAUGAAACAAAAAAGGGGCAAAAAGUUGACAGAAAGUGAGAAGUUGUGAUAAAGAAGGGAGAUGAGAAGUUGGGUGAUAACUGUGAUUUUGUGCUGCAUUAAAAAUUCUUACAUUGUAUAUAGACAAUUAUUUUGUAUAUAUAGAUGUCCUGUAAUAUCUCGUGUUUUAAGUUGGUACUUAAGUGAAUUAAAGAAUAAAUUGAUUGAUCCCCACUUUAAAAACUUUGAACUUGGAAAGAGGUUAUUCCUUUCGUUUUUAACAUAGGAUUUUACAAACUUCAGAUGUUUUUAUUUUAGAUGUAUUUUCAUGCUUUAAAGUUUUACGAAUUUGCAAAAUAUAGGUGAUUUUGAUAAAAACUCAAAUAUAUAAAUAAGGUAAUGUAGCUUAACAACAAAAUAGUCAAAAACAACUUGGAAAUAUAGCUUUAAAUAGUUGAUAGAUAGGUUAGGAGGGUAAUCGAGGGUAAAGUUUCAAAUAACUACAUAUCCCGUAGAAUAAUCUGUUUUCUUAAUGACAUAAUUCAAUGCAUUGAUUGCUGUAACUUGUCAUUCCGUCCUAGAUCACUCUGAAUAUAUUUUCUACUAAAAAUAAUGUGAUUUGUUAAAUGUAAGUAAGGAAUAAUAAUAUAUAGGCUAACAACAUAAUUCCUUAAGUACUGACUUGAAAUGUUGAGAUAGAUUUGGACAAUGGUGCUUAUCAAAAUGUGUUCACUAAACUGUGUGCUACAAUGAUAGACUAAAUAUAUUUGUCUCUAGAUGAAAUGCAAUACAUCUGUUAAAAAUUUGUUUUCAAUUCAGAUAAUUUCAUCAAUUUCUGUGUUUAUGUUACGAAGAUUUUUCAAGCUGUUAUGUCGGCACCAGUCGUCAUGAUGGCAGUAUUUGUGAAAUUCUUGUAAAUUCCAUUUCUUAAUACAGAAAAUGAUGAAAGUUUACUGAAUUAGAACAAAUUAUUAAUGGAGUAAUUCCUAAAAAUGUGUGGUGUGAUGAAUAGCUUACACAAGAAUAACACAGUGGUGUAGGGCUUCACUGCAUUUUUGAAUUUGAUUAUUUUCACAUUGCCUUGAUGCUAUUGGACCUGAUUGUACUUUGCUUGUUAUGGAAUUUUAAAUGCUAUUUUUGAUCUGAAGUUAUUUUACUAUUAAUAAGGAACACAAUUAUUUUCAAAAUUUUUGAAGUUUUUUCUUUUUUCAUAUUUUCUUUUAUAUUUUAGAUUUGAAUGAUGUAUGUGUAAGGUAUAUUAGAGUAUUGAUGAAACAAUGUGUUUGAAGCUGGACUUGUGUUUAUUCUUUUUUCUAUAGUCACCUUUUUUCAAAUUAAGUGGGGUUUUGUGUUGUUAAUUUUUUAAAACAAAAUAUUGAUGAACUUUAUGAUGAAAUAGAAAAGUAACCAAGAAAUAAAAAUCUGAUCAAAUUUAACUAUAUGAUUGAUUCGAAUAUAGAUAUUACUAAUAAAUGAUUAUUUAAUACCAUGCAUUUUUUUUUUGUUCUGAAUAAAUUUUUAGGAUGAUAAAAAGAAUUAUAAAAAUUAUUGUCAAAAAGAGGUAUAUUUUCAAUAAAACUGUUGAUAGUGUGCAAAUAAUUUAAUAUUUCAUUUUCAAUGUCUUUUUUUGCACAAGAAUGGGGAAUAAAGUCAAUACAGAGGCAGAUAAUAGUUAUCUUUGAAGACAGCUUGUAUAAUACUAUUUGCGAGAGAGAAUGAAUUACAUAAGACUAUAGACUGUAGGCAGUAUUUAUUGAUGAAUGUCUGUGUAAUGAAAGGAGCGGCGAGAGUGAUUUAUUUCAUGUAUGUUGUAUUGUGAUCUUAUUAUGAAAGUUACACUUAUUUUAGUCCUUAUGAUAAUCUUUUAUUCUAUUAAAGUGAAAGGAAAAGAAAUUCCAACAUUUUAAAACAAUUUUAUUUUUCAUUUUAAUCUCAUUUACUCCAUUAUUAGAUCAUGUUUACAUAGAAUGUAGAAAUGUUUGAAAAUAAGGCAGAAUUUCAUAAGUUUUUACAAAACAAAAUUUUUAUUUCAUUCAACAUUUUUUUCAUGUUGCUUGAAAUAAUUUUUGUAAAUAUUUUAUGAUUUGUUUUUUUUACUGCACAUUUUCAAGCAUUGUUGUUUGUUAUACACCAUUCCAAGUAACGAUUUAGUUUCAAUAUUUGCACAAUUUUUACUGAGAAAAUCAUGUGUAUUAGUUUAUAUUUGUGUCUAAAUUAGAAGAUAAUCAUGGUGGAAUGUUGCUAUAAAGUUCAAUUUUCUUUACAGGAUGAUUUCUUGUCUAAUAAUUUCUUUCAUGUAAAUGUCAUUUACCAUUAAACAAUAUUCAGGAAUCAAAUUCAAAUUGAUCAAAACAUUUAGGAUCAAUGUCGGAUAAUUGGUUAGUUAAUUUUUUACAUUUUUUUUUUUUGCUGUAUAAGAGAUACAAAAGUAAGCUUUUACUCAUGAAUUCUCACUGUAUUGAUGCAUUUGUUUGUAUGAUUUAUCUGAUGUUUUAUGUUUUCUAUAUGUCAUGUCUUCUACGUGUUUAUGCAGUUUUAAUAUUUGAUAUUUUUAUCUCCUGUUAUCAGUGCUUUUAAAUGAUUUUAUAUGCUUGUACAAAUGGAGAAAUUACAUUGUGUAAAGUGAUAAUUUCCAGUGUGCAUGGAAUUUAUGCCAAAUCUUAGAUAGAAAAUAUUGUAAAUAAAGGUAUUCUAAUAAAUAA